GGCUAUUGCUUCUCAGGGAUUUGCCCCAGGGAAACAGCUGGCUUGCGUGCUUCCCUGCCUAUUAACUAUUUAUAUCGUAAAGUUGCCCGGCUUCGUACCUGUACGCUAUCCUAUCUGGAAUUUGUUGUGUCACGGAGCCAAGGGCCACCGUCAACUCGAUUUCAAUGGGUAUACAUCCUGAGCUAGAUCUUCAACGAUCGUCAUCCUGUGCAGUAACGCCGUUUGGGUUGCCUAGUCCACUCUCUGCGGCUUCUUUGUCUCACGUUCCUGGAGACAAAACCUUCAACCGCGGUGCGCCCAUAUCUCCUCCCAUGUCUAGUCAUGAGCCUAGCGGAACAUCCAAUAUGUCUCCCGGAAAGAGUUUCAAUAUAGGCAGGGGUCAGAAAGAGCUACAGAACGAGCCAACACGUCAACAACUGCCCUCCUUAAGCAGCCUUUUUGCAGCACACCAACACGUUCGUCCUCUACAUUCCCCUCUGUCAGACCGGACUAGUCCACUGUAUGGAAACCAAUCGCCAUCGGAAAGGCCUCCUUCCGCAUCCACGAACCCAGAGAGGCCCUAUUCCAGCAGUUCUUCUUAUUUUCCGAAUGUUUCGCCAACAUUAAACCAACCGCGGCCCGUUUAUGAACCGAGAUUGACCACUGACCGGCCCAUUUUGCCCUCGGUAUCCCAAAGCUUUCCAGGGCCGCUAUCUCCUCCAAUUCGCGAGUACGAUCAUGCGCACCAUGCUUCCCGGAAUGACAGUGGUGCUGGUGCGAAAUGGGCUCACCUGAACUUUUCAGAUAGACGAUCAGAGUACGUGUACGCUGCUCGGUCAUCAACACCAACCUUUAGAUCAACAGGCGAGCACCGUAUGCCAUUGCCAUCCCUUGGGCAGAACUUUGGAUACGAAGCAAGCCAGUCCGCAAAAAUUGACAUUCAAAGUCAGCCCCGACGAAUCAGUCGCUCACCAACUUUGCCAAGCAGCGCUAGCCCAGAAGGAAUUCUCGUGAAAGAUGGGCUUGGGCCAAAAAUCUGGACUGGGACACAUUUUCUGCCUCGCUUUGUCCGACGUGCUGAAGUCCCCGGUGAAGGAUUGUGCUAUUUCUACGACGACGGCACUCAUUGCAAGACGGUCAUAGACGGAGAGCCAGUCAAUGCGCACUGGGGGGUAACGAAGGCUGGCAAACCGAGAAAGCGGCUGGCUAUCGCCUGUUUGACUUGCCGCGAGAAGAAGAUCAAAUGUGAUCCUGACUAUCCUCGUUGCGUGCAAUGCGAAAAAUUUGGAAGAGUGUGCAAGUUUAAGAACGCACCUCGAGGCGGCCACAACACCUCCCCAGUCACUUCACCUGGCGAACAGGACGACUCUCGCCAGCUUGGAACACCUACACGAGUUGUCGAAACCGACCAAGUUAGGAGUAUUCAGAGUAGCGUUAUGUCACCACGUAUCAAAAUGGGUUGCCGUUCCCCUGAAUUGCCUAACAUACCCAGCAAACGGGCCAGGUACACGUACGAGCAGUUCCCAGCUCCGCCAGCGCCAACCAGCUGUCCAUAUCCUAUCAUGUCAGCACCGGACAUGAAACCGGCGACCGCAUGGCAACCCCGAGAACUUCCUAGAAUUCGGGAUGACAUCAUGUAUCGAAAAUGGCAAACAGACCCGUAUGUUCGGGACCUUCAGCGCUCACAUUAAAGGAAUCGGAUUUCUUCCUAGAGACUCGGGGAAAUUCUAUCGCACUAUUCGAGGGAUAGGAUAUUCGACGCUUUCUUAUGACAUCAAAAUGAAAAGAAAUCAGCCUUUUAAAAAGCGUUGCGAAAACACAUAACGAACCCCGGAAUCGUAUGGCUUUAUGAAGACGACUUUGCACCAUGCAG